ACGUUCAUUUCUUUUUAAUAUUGUCGGUCAAAGGUCACGCUGUCCCGUCAGACUCGCGCCAAUUCUGUAGUUCCGGUUGAAGCGCGCUGCACACACACGUUCAGUGAUGGAUCUGAGUGAUUUUGAGGCGGAUAACUCUGUCAGCUGCCGCUUGUCAUCGUCUAUCCCAGACGUGUGUAAGACUGAGGACUGCUGCCUGGGCAUUGAUGAGGCGGGCAGGGGACCCGUAUUAGGACCCAUGGUGUACGGCAUAUGCUUCUGCCCUGUAUCCCGAAAAGAAGACCUGAAGAAUUUAAAAGUGGCAGACUCAAAGACGCUGACGGAGGCAGAGCGAGAGAACCUGUUUGCGAAGCUCGAUGAGGCCAAAAGUUUCGUAGGCUGGGCCCUUCAGAUCCUCUCGCCCAACACGAUUUCCACCAGCAUGCUGCAAAGAGCAAAAUACAAUCUGAAUGCUCUGUCACACGAUGCAGCGAUUGGCCUGGUGCAGUUUGCUCUGGAUUCUGGCGUACAGCUCAAAGAGGUGUUUGUGGACACUGUGGGACCAGCAGAGAAGUAUCAGGACAAGCUGUCGCAGCGGUUCCCCGGGGUGGAGGUCACAGUCCGUCCCAAAGCUGAUUCCCUAUUCCCAAUCGUCAGUGCUGCCAGCAUCUGUGCCAAGGUGGCCAGAGACCAUGCUGUCAAAUCCUGGAGGUUUGCUGAAGAUUUGGGUGACGUGGACACAGAUUAUGGCUCUGGGUAUCCUAAUGACCCCAAAACCAAGAGCUGGCUGCUGAAGUAUCUGGACCCAGUGUUUGGUUAUCCUCAGUUUGUGCGCUUCAGCUGGAGCACCGCGCAGACGCUGCUGGACAGUAAAGCUGUUACCGUUCACUGGGAUGAUGAUGAAGAGGAUGGAGAAAAAGCUGCAGCUCGCCAGAACAACGCCUCUAUGUUGUCCUAUUUUAGUCGCAAUAAACCCUCUGAGCUCACACACACACGAGACGCACACCGCUUCUUCACUGAGCGCAAACUGCAGAGCAUAAACACACUCUGAACACGAAUACACUCCAUCAGGGGGAGAAAUACACAAGUCAGACUCAUCCAACACUGCAGAUGAUGAACUGUGCAUGACGAUGUAUUUUAUUUUCAUAUUAUUUGAUGCCAUUCAAUAAUUUUUUGGAUGUAAAGUAAAUAAAGGUGUGUUAUUUUCA